AUGAAAUCUCCGACAGAGUCAGAAAUUGUGGAUCAAUUACGUAAAACGGAAGAUUUGGUAGAAACUGAAACAAAAUCGUUCGAAGAUAUUAUACCUGAUGAAAGGAAUUUCGAGGAAUACGGUGCCAUGAUAUCUAAAACACCAACUACAGAGGGAAAACAUGUAACUGAUAUGAAAUCUCCGACAGAGUCAAAAAUUGUGGAUCAAUUACGUAAAACGGAAGAUUUGGUAGAAACUGAAACAAAAUCGUUCGAAGAUAUUAUACCUGAUGAAAGGAAUUUCGAGGAAUACGGUUCCGUAAUAUCUAAAACACCAACUACAGAGGAAAAACAUGUAACUGAUAUGAAAUCUCCGACAGAGUCAGAAAUUGUGGAUCAAUUACGUAAAACGGAAGAUUUGGUAGAAACUGAAACAAAAUCGUUCGAAGAUAUUAUACCUGAUGAAAGGAAUUUCGAGGAAUACGGUUCGGUAAUAUCUAAAACACCAACUACAGAGGAAAGACAUGUAACUGAUAUGAAAUCUCCGACAGAGUCAGAAAUUGUGGAUCAAUUACGUAAAACGGAAGAUUUGGUAGAAACUGAAACAAAAUCGUUCGAAGAUAUUAUACCUGAUGAAAGGAAUUUCGAGGAAUACGGUUCGGUAAUAUCUAAAACACCAACUACAGAGGAAAGACAUGUAACUGAUAUGAAAUCUCCGACAGAGUCAGAAAUUGUGGAUCAAUUACGUAAAACGGAAGAUUUGGUAGAAACUGAAACAAAAUCGUUCGAAGAUAUUAUACCUGAUGAAAGGAAUUUCGAGGAAUACGGUUCGGUAAUAUCUAAAACACCAACUACAGAAGAAAGACAUGUAACUGAUAUGAAAUCUCCGACAGAGUCAGAAAUUGUGGAUCAAUUACGUAAAACGGAAGAUUUGGUAGAAACUGAAACAAAAUCGUUCGAAGAUAUUAUACCUGAUGAAAGGAAUUUCGAGGAAUACGGUUCCGUAAUAUCUAAAACACCAACUACAGAGGAAAGACAUGUAACUGAUAUGAAAUCUCCGACAGUGUCAGAAAUUGUGGAUCAAUUACGUAAAACGGAAGAUUUGGUAGAAACUGAAACAAAAUCGUUCGAAGAUAUUAUACCUGAUGAAAGGAAUUUCGAGGAAUACGGUUCGGUAAUAUCUAAAACACCAACUACAGAGGAAAGACAUAUAACUGAUAUGAAAUCUCCGACAGAGUCAGAAAUUGUGGAUCAAUUACGUAAAACGGAAGAUUUGGUAGAAACUGAAACAAAAUCGUUCGAAGAUAUUAUACCUGAUGAAAGGAAUUUCGAGGAAUACGGUGCCAUGAUAUCUAAAACACCAACUACAGAGGAAAGACAUGUAACUGAUAUGAAAUCUCCGACAGAGUCAGAAAUUGUGGAUCAAUUACGUAAAACGGAAGAUUUGGUAGAAACUGAAACAAAAUCGUUCGAAGAUAUUAUACCUGAUGAAAGGAAUUUCGAGGAAUACGGUGCCAUGAUAUCUAAAACACCAACUACAGAGGAAAGACAUGUAACUGAUAUGAAAUCUCCGACAGAGUCAGAAAUUGUGGAUCAAUUACGUAAAACGGAAGAUUUGGUAGAAACUGAAACAAAAUCGUUCGAAGAUAUUAUACCUGAUGAAAGGAAUUUCGAGGAAUACGGUUCGGUAAUAUCUAAAACACCAACUACAGAGGAAAGACAUGUAACUGAUAUGAAAUCUCCGACAGAGUCAGAAAUUGUGGAUCAAUUACGUAAAACGGAAGAUUUGGUAGAAACUGAAACAAAAUCGUUCGAAGAUAUUAUACCUGAUGAAAGGAAUUUCGAGGAAUACGGUUCCGUAAUAUCUAAAACACCAACUACAGAGGAAAGACAUGUAACUGAUAUGAAAUCUCCGGGAGAGUCAGAAAUUGUGGAUCAGUUACGUAAAACGGAAGAUUUUGUAGAAACUGAAACAAAAUCGUUCGAAGAUAUUAUACCUGAUGAAAGGAAUUUCGAGGAAUACGGUGCCAUGAUAUCUAAAACAUCAACUACAGAGGAAAGACAUGUAACUGAUAUGAAAUCUCCGACAGAGUCAGAAAUUGUGGAUCAAUUACGUAAAACGGAAGAUUUGGUAGAAACUGAAACAAAAUCAUUCGAAGAUAUUAUACCUGAUGAAAGGAAUUUCGAGGAAUACGGUUCCGUAAUAUCUAAAACACCAACUACAGAGGAAAGACAUGUAACUGAUAUGAAAUCUCCGACAGAGUCAGAAAUUGUGGAUCAAUUACGUAAAACGGAAGAUUUGGUAGAAACUGAAACAAAAUCGUUCGAAGAUAUUAUACCUGAUGAAAGGAAUUUCGAGGAAUACGGUGCCAUGAUAUCUAAAACAUCAACUACAGAGGAAAGACAUGUAACUGAUAUGAAAUCUCCGACAGAGUCAGAAAUUGUGGAUCAAUUACGUAAAACGGAAGAUUUGGUAGAAACUGAAACAAAAUCAUUCGAAGAUAUUAUACCUGAUGAAAGGAAUUUCGAGGAAUACGGUUCGGUAAUAUCUAAAACACCAACUACAGAGGAAAGACAUGUAACUGAUAUGAAAUCUCCGACAGAGUCAGAAAUUGUGGAUCAAUUACGUAAAACGGAAGAUUUUGUAGAAACUGAAACAAAAUCGUUCGAAGAUAUUAUACCUGAUGAAAGGAAUUUCGAGGAAUACGGUUCGGUAAUAUCUAAAACACCAACUACAGAGGAAAGACAUGUAACUGAUAUGAAAUCUCCGACAGAGUCAGAAAUUGUGGAUCAAUUACGUAAAACGGAAGAUUUGGUAGAAACUGAAACAAAAUCGUUCGAAGAUAUUAUACCUGAUGAAAGGAAUUUCGAGGAAUACGGUGCCAUGAUAUCUAAAACACCAACUACAGAGGGAAAACAUGUAACUGAUAUGAAAUCUCCGACAGAGUCAAAAAUUGUGGAUCAAUUACGUAAAACGGAAGAUUUGGUAGAAACUGAAACAAAAUCGUUCGAAGAUAUUAUACCUGAUGAAAGGAAUUUCGAGGAAUACGGUGCCAUGAUAUCUAAAACACCAACUACAGAGGAAAGACAUGUAACUGAUAUGAAAUCUCUGACAGAGUCAAAAAUUGUGGAUCAAUUACGUAAAACGGAAGAUUUGGUAGAAACUGAAACAAAAUCGUUCGAAGAUAUUAUACCUGAUGAAAGGAAUUUCGAGGAAUACGGUGCCAUGAUAUCUAAAACACCAACUACAGAGGAAAGACAUGUAACUGAUAUGAAAUCUCUGACAGAGUCAAAAAUUGUGGAUCAAUUACGUAAAACGGAAGAUUUGGUAGAAACUGAAACAAAAUCGUUCGAAGAUAUUAUACCUGAUGAAAGGAAUUUCGAGGAAUACGGUGCCAUGAUAUCUAAAACACCAACUACAGAGGAAAGACAUGUAACUGAUAUGAAAUCUCCGACAGAGUCAGAAAUUGUGGAUCAAUUACGUAAAACGGAAGAUUUGGUAGAAACUGAAACAAAAUCGUUCGAAGAUAUUAUACCUGAUGAAAGGAAUUUCGAGGAAUACGGUGCCAUGAUAUCUAAAACACCAACUACAGAGGAAAGACAUGUAACUGAUAUGAAAUCUCCGACAGAGUCAGAAAUUGUGGAUCAAUUACGUAAAACGGAAGAUUUGGUAGAAACUGAAACAAAAUCGUUCGAAGAUAUUAUACCUGAUGAAAGGAAUUUCGAGGAAUACGGUGCCAUGAUAUCUAAAACAUCAACUACAGAGGAAAGACAUGUAACUGAUAUGAAAUCUCCGACAGAGUCAGAAAUUGUGGAUCAAUUACGUAAAACGGAAGAUUUGGUAGAAACUGAAACAAAAUCAUUCGAAGAUAUUAUACCUGAUGAAAGGAAUUUCGAGGAAUACGGUUCGGUAAUAUCUAAAACACCAACUACAGAGGGAAAACAUGUAACUGAUAUGAAAUCUCCGACAGAGUCAAAAAUUGUGGAUCAAUUACGUAAAACGGAAGAUUUGGUAGAAACUGAAACAAAAUCGUUCGAAGAUAUUAUGCCUGAUGAAAGGAAUUUCGAGGAAUACGGUGCCAUGAUAUCUAAAACACCAACUACAGAGGAAAGACAUGUAACUGAUAUGAAAUCUCUGACAGAGUCAAAAAUUGUGGAUCAAUUACGUAAAACGGAAGAUUUGGUAGAAACUGAAACAAAAUCGUUCGAAGAUAUUAUACCUGAUGAAAGGAAUUUCGAGGAAUACGGUGCCAUGAUAUCUAAAACACCAACUACAGAGGAAAGACAUGUAACUGAUAUGAAAUCUCUGACAGAGUCAAAAAUUGUGGAUCAAUUACGUAAAACGGAAGAUUUGGUAGAAACUGAAACAAAAUCGUUCGAAGAUUAUACCUGA